CAACAUCGUUUUCAUUUCCAUUUUCAUUUUACAGCCCAACCCCGCCCCGUGCUCCGAGCGGCCGAAAGAGUGAAAAUUAAUUAGUGCCGUUAUAAAUAAAGCAUAACCAUUGGGCGGCCAAAUCAUUUGACAUUCAGUCCCCCAACAGACGUGCGACAGACAAGUGCGCGAAAGAGUGACGAAUGCUGGCCGAAAAGCGAAACAAGCAAGCAACAACAAAAAAAGAUACAACUGAAAGCCGAAAACAGAAAGCGUAAACCGGAAUCAAAACAAAAAGUAAAAGAUUUAAAAAAAUUGAAUCGUUUGGCGCCGGUUAAAUCAAAAUCAUUCGCUAGUCACGUGAUUACGUUUCGCCUCAUUUUUGAAUUGGGCUCAACGCUGCGCAGCCAACUAUAAAUAUCUCUAGGUCCCCACAAAAAAUAUCUUAAUUACAAGAUUCAACGAAUCGGAUCGGACUUGGCGCUAAUUACCAUUGGUGACACUUUUCCUUUGCGACUAAAUAAAGAACCAGCAGCAGCAGCAACAGCAGCAACAGCAGCAACAUGGCCAAGGACUUGAGCACUCUGGGCUGGGAUUAUCUGAUGUUUGCCCUGUUUAUAGCCCUAACCGUUUUGGGACCGCUAUGGACACGCAUUUUUGGCAAAAAGAAAGAGCGCAGCAAAGCCGAAUAUGUUUUUGCCACCGGAGGAGUUUCGAUCGUAGCGGUGAUGAUUUCUAUAGCUCGUGGAACUCUAGGCGUGAGAUCGGUUUUAGGCUAUCCCAGUGAAUUGUACUACCGCGGAUCGGCCAUGUGGGAGAUAAUCUACGGCAUGAUGAGUGCCUAUCCCAUCGUUUGCUUUAUGUUCGUGCCCGUCUACUUUAAUCUGGGCAUCACCUCCGUCUAUCAGUACAUCGAUCUGAGGUUCAAGAGUCGCACGGUGAGAUGCCUGGCAUCGGCCACGUAUAUUGUGCGACAGAUCUGCAACCUGGGCAUCACCGUUUACACGCCCAGUGUGGCCCUCUCGACGGUGAUUGGCAUACCCUACUGGGCCUCCAUCGUGGGCAUGGCCAUCAUUUGCAUAUUCUUCACCUUAAUGGGCGGCCUGAAGGCGGCUAUCAACGCGGACGUUAUCCAAACGCUGACCAUUCUGGUUGUCACUGUGGCCGUUUGCAUCCAGGGCACUAUUUCCACGGGCGGCGUAAAGAAGGUCUACGAACUAAACCGGGACAAUGGACGCCUCAGUUUCUUUAACUUCACGGGCGACAUGACUGUCAGAGUGGAUACCACCUCGGCCUGGCUGGGGCAGCUGUUCAUGUCCCUCUCCCAGAUCGGCUGCCAGCAGAACUUCAUGCAGCGCUAUGUCAGCCUCAAGUCGCUGAAGCAAGUGCGUCGAGUCAUGUUGUCCAAUGUACCUCUGGUGUUCUUCUUCUUUUCCCUCUCCUGGAUCUCCGGCAUGGUCAUCUACUCCACGUACAUUGACUGCGAUCCCUAUGCCGAGGGCUACAUCAAGAAGCCCGAUGAGAUUCUACCCUUCUUCGUUGAAGAUCAGCUCGGUUUCUUGCCCGGAUUUGUUGGCAUUUUCAUGGCCACUCUGUUCAACGGAGCCCUCUGCAUGAUGGUGUCUAAUCUUAACUCCCUGGCAACUGUUAUUUGGGAGGACUUCAUAUCGCAAUUUCCCAAAUUCAAAGGACUUACUGACAAGCAGCAGUUGAGAAUCCUGAAGAGCAUCACCGUAGUCUGUGGCCUGAUCAUUAUGUGUGUGGCCUUCGGAGUUGGUUUGCUGGCGGGUGUAAUUGAAUCUUCGCUGCUGGUGUUCUCGGCUACCUCAGGUCCACUUUUGGGUUGCUUUAUCCUUGCCAUGAUGGUGCCGAUUGCCAAUUGGAAGGGAACUUCCGCCGGCAUGGUGACCGCCACCGCUUUUGUCUUGUGGAUCAUCGGCGGAGGCAUGACCGUUGAGAAGCACAAUCCCAUGCUACCGACCUCCACAGAUGGCUGCUCCAACGACACCUUCUCGGAUUCUAUUACCAAGCCCAUUAUUGAGCCGGGUCAGAUGCCCUGGCUGCUCACGCACACGCCAAUUGAUGGUUAUAACCAGACCUACGUGGCCACCCAGCCAACCAUUGCAUCUGAAAGAUCCGGACUGGAGAGCUUCUACUCGAUCAGCUUCAUGUACUACAGCUUGAUUGGAACCGCCUUGACCGUGAUUAUUGGCACAGUGAUCAGUUUGUUGACACAGCACCCGGAUGACGCAUACGACGGCAAGCUGCUGCACCCGAUGAUCUUCCGCCUGUGCGAGCGCUUCUCCGGCCGAAAGCCCUAUUACGUAAAGCACGAGGAGGAGUCCGGAUUGAAUGGACGCAGUAGCAGCGAUUCAUCGGCGACGACGACGACCUGCAAGGAGGAGAAGGUCAACCAUGGCUACGAGUCCUCGCCGGAGGAGAAGGAGAAGAGCAAUCCGAUCGCUGUGGUAUUCACCACCUCCGUAGAAGCGGGAUCGGCGGAUCAGCAGUCCAUUUGCGACAGCAGUAGGAUCCAAUUGGACGCUGUUCCGGGAGCCGGGGAAACGGGCGUAUAUCGCCAACUGGCCGGCCGAUCUGCGCUCUAGGGAAUAACUUUACCACAGUUAAUUCCCUUUUUAGUCCGUAGUCAGUAAGCUAAGCUCUAGAGAAGUCCAAUUAGUUAGCCAAGUGUUUCAAGUCUAUAAAGAUGCUGUGAUUUCUGUGCGCGACGGUUGUUGAGCAAUUGCUCGCGCAUUUGUAGCAACCCGAGUUUCAUUCGCAUGUACUUACCGCAUGUGUUUGUGCGUGGCAGCGUGCAAUAAACAAAGACAAUUAAACAUAUUUUUAUACAAAAUCACACAACGAUUCCGUUUUUCCGUACCAAUUUUAAUUUUUCGCGCGCGACGAAACUUGUUGAACUUUGCCAGUGCUGCCCAUCCAACUGCCUAUCGAUAGCAAUCGAAGAGGUAGCCAGGGCUGCAAAAAUAGCCCCGUGACUCACGACAAUUGGCUUUUCAAAUUAAAAUUUUUGUGAAUUUAAAUAACAACGUUAAUUGAGAAAGUUAGAAAUAUUUUGACAUUAAUUUUUUUAUAAUAAAGAGACAAAUGUUUAUAUUUUACAAGGAUUUAUACACGAAAUGAUAUUAAAGAAAAGAACAUAAAUA